AUGCCGUCCACACACAAGAAGGAGAAGCCGUGGGAUACCGAAGAUAUUGACAAGUGGAAGAUCGACAAGUUCACCCCAGAAGACAAUGUGGGCGGAACCUUCCUUGAAGAAUCAUCCUUCGCAACCCUCUUCCCCAAAUAUCGCGAACAGUACCUCCGAGGCGCCUGGCCUUUCAUCACAAAAUCGCUAGAGAAAAUUGGCAUUGCAUGCACCCUAGAUUUGGUUGAAGGUUCCAUGACAGUUAAGACGACACGGAAAACUUAUGACCCAGCAGCCAUAUUGAAUGCGCGCGAUCUGAUAAAACUACUCGCAAGGAGUGUGCCCGCUCCCCAGGCGGUAAGGAUAUUGGAAGACGACGUCGCAUGCGAUGUCAUCAAAAUCCGAAAUCUUGUGCGAAAUAAGGAGCGCUUCGUUAAGCGCCGGCAGCGGAUACUAGGUCCCAACGGUUCCACAUUGAAAGCGCUAGAACUGCUCACCGAGUGCUAUAUCCUGGUUCAGGGCAACACAGUGGCAGCAAUGGGAUCAUACAAGGGCCUCAAGACCGUUCGGAGGGUCGUGGAAGACACUAUGGCCAAUAUCCACCCUAUCUACGCUAUCAAAGAGCUUAUGAUCAAGAAAGAGCUAGCCAAAGACCCAGAAUUGGUCAACGAGAACUGGGAUCGCUUUCUCCCGCAUUUCAAGAAGCGGAGCUUGAGCAAGAGACGAGUUCCGUACAAGGUCACCGACAAGACGAAGAAGGUCUACACGCCAUUCCCACCGCCCCAGGAGAAGAGCAAAGUUGACCUGCAGAUUGAGAGUGGAGAAUAUUUCCUGGGAAAACAAGCGCGAGAGCGAAAGACGAGGGAGGGGCGUGAGGCCAAGAUGAAGGCGAAGCAAGAGGAGAGGAGGAAGGACCGGAUCAAGGAAUUCGUGCCCCCUGCCGAGGAUGGGGCGAAACCCAAGAAGAGGAAACGUGAAGGUGGGGAGGGAAAGGAAAAGAAAAAGAAGAAGAAAAGGGAGCAUGGAGAGAUAAACAAUUCUUUAGAAAGUAAGCUAUGUGUCUAUACAAAUGCGUCAUUCGGCGAUGGAAGAGGCAUAUCUAUCUUCACUACCCCAAAAAUCGCAGAAGAGUUCGCGGCAUUGCCACCGUUCCAAGAUCCCGCAUCAAUGCAAGAUGUCAACACCAAUUCUGGAGCUUGGUAUACGCAAGAGCUGCCCGGAAAAGGCAUAGGAAUGCUAGCAAAGAAACAGCUAAAGUUUAGAGAUCGUGUGACAACGUAUACACCUGCGCUGCUCGCCCACCAUGAACAGGAGCUAUCGACUCUUGAGCGUGAGAAGUACUUCCGAAUUGCGGUCUCCCAGCUUCCAGACGCUACCCGCGACAACUGUCUACAGCUUGCCACUAUAUAUGGUGACCCCAGGAUUCGUAUUCAAGACAUCGUAAAAGCGAAUACUUUUCAGUUACACAUUGGCGGACAGAACCAUCUCGCCGUUUUCCCUGAGACGUCACGGCUGAAUCAUGCCUGUGCGCCAAAGUAA